CCAUCAGCGACAAAUCAAUAUAGACCGUACUCAUCAGCUUGCGCGCUCCAGUUUUCGGAUCAGCUACAUAUAUCAUAAGUUGUGAAGUUUCGAGGGCAACCAUAGAUAUGGCUCGAGCUCGAGUUGUUGCAGUGGUGCUGCUGGCGGUCGGCAGUUUGCUGCUGUCUGCGGCUGCGGACACCGCAACUGCGCCAUCCCCGCAACCGUUCGUCUGGCAGAAGGCGCAUGCAACGUUCUAUGGUGGUGCUGAUGCCUCUGACACAAUGGGUGGCGCAUGCGGGUACGGCAACCUCUUCGCUGAAGGUUACGGGACGCGUACGGCGGCUCUGAGCACCGUGUUGUUCAAUGACGGCGCCGCGUGCGGGCAGUGCUACAAGAUAGCAUGCGACCGCAAGCGCGCGGACCCAUUGUUUUGCAAGCCCGGUGUGACGGUCACCGUCACGGCCACGAACUUUUGCCCGCCCAACGAUGCCCUCCCCAAUGACAACGGCGGCUGGUGCAACACGCCAAGGCCGCACUUCGACAUGGCCCAGCCGGCCUGGGAGAAGAUUGGUGUUUAUAAAGGUGGCAUCAUCCCCGUCAUGUACCAAAGAGUUCCGUGCGUGAAGCGGGGUGGUGUGAGGUUCAGAAUCAAUGGUCACGAUUACUUCAAUCUUGUGCUUGUGAGCAAUGUUGCUGCAGCAGGCUCGAUCAAAUCCAUGGAUGUCAAGAGCUCUGACUCUGAAGACUGGAUGCCAAUGGCACGCAAUUGGGGUGCUAACUGGCACUCGCUGGCGAACCUCACCGGAAAGAUGCUCUCCUUCAGACUAACCAACACAGAUGGACAUACGCUUGUGUUCAAUAACGUUGUGCCAAAGGGAUGGACCUUUGGGCAAUCAUUUGUUAGCAAAUUGCAAUUCUAGCGAGCAAUGUCUGUCGACCAAUUAUUUACCAGGGCAAGUGAUGGAUUUGUAAUAAUUAUGUUGCAUAAAAUGCAAGUUAUGGCGCUUAAUGUUUGUGCUGACUGUAGCACUGAUCUAAUUUUACCAUUCAAUUUGUUCAUACUCACGGUGCAAUUCCUAUGGUGUAUAUAUACAAGUUCCAGUUCAUUA